CUCCUUCGUGAGGCAUAGUCCACGUGGCCUCAGGAAGGAAUUCCUUCUCUAGGAUUCCUCCAGCAUCUGUGGAGAAGUUGUUUUGAAGCCAAAUAUAAAUCCAUUUACUAAAUUUAUGGAGAAACCUACCAAUGAUGGAAGUCAUUCAGAGGAACUCUUUUCCCAUCGUAAAAGUACUCCAAUGAAAGAACGUUUACCGUGGUAUGCUAGUGACAGUCAGUUCAGAAGUCUGAAGCAGGACAUCCUAAGUGAAAAGACCCAAUUGGAAGCGACACUUAAGGAAGCUGAGUUGGCAACCUGUUCUGUAGAAUUACUUUUACCUUUGUUUAAGAAUAAUGAAGAGAUUAGUUUAGGAAAUGCUAAUCUUUCUGCAUCUAAUUUGAAGAUUUCUGAACAGAAGGAAAUAUUAACAAAAGAAUUAGAUACUUUAAAACGUGUAAAACUAACCUUAGAUCAUCUUCUUAGACAGACUGACUACAAACAAACUGGAGACAAUCUACCCAGCAUGUUGUUAAAGAAUGUAACUGAUAAUGAAAGUGAAAAUAUUAAUCUUAAGAAGAAGAUUAUUGAAAAGGAGACAUAUAUCCAAGAACUUUCAUGUUUGUUUCAGAAUGAAAAGGCAAAUGCUUUGAAAGCAAACCGUUUUUCUCAAUCAAUAAAAGUAGUACAUGAACGACUACAGCUCCAAAUUCAUAAAAGGGAAGCAGAGAAUGAUAAAUUGAAAGAAUACAUAAAGAGUUUAGAAAACAAAAUAGCCAAAUGGAACUUACAGUUGAGAACAAAUAAGCAUGAGACUGUAGCAGUGAAAGAAGCGAGUAGACAAACAGCUAUUGCUCUAAAGAAGGCAUCUAAAAUUUACCAACAAAGGCUUGAGCAUUUUACAGGAGAUAUUGAACACCUUACUUCCCAAAUUAGAGAUCAGGAAGCCAAGUUGUCUGAAACAGUUUCAGCUUCCAAUGCCUGGAAAAGUCGUUAUGAGAAAAUUGUAAUUGAAAAAACUGAAUUGGAAGUUCAGAUCGAAACAAUGAAAAAGCAAAUCACUGAUCUUUUGGAAGACCUGAAGAGAAUGGAAACUCAUGGAAAAAAUUCAUGUGAAGGAAUUCUUAGAAAACUUCAUUCACUUGAAUAUGAAAGUGAAACUCUGACUCUUGAGAAUACAAAAUUAAAGACUACACUUGCUACUUUGGAGGAUGAAGUUGUUUGUGUUGAAAAUGAGCUCUUAGAAUUGCAAGAAGUAGAAAAACAACAGAAAACCCUUUUAGAAGUAUAUAAAACUCAGGUACAAAAGUUGCAAGAAGCAGCUAAAAUGAUAAAAAGCAGAUUAAAAAAUUUGCUACAUGAAAAUAACCUAAUAACAAAAACCAAAAAUGAAAAAUUUGAGAAGAUUAAUGGAAAUCACAGUCUUCUGACAAAGCUUUCUCUUGAGGAGGAAAAUUAUCUUAUUCAGUUAAAGUGUGAAAACCUUAAACAAAAAUUAGAACAGAUGGAUGCAGAGAAUAAGGAGCUUGAAAAGAAGCUGGCAGACCAAGAAGAAUGUCUUAAGCAUGGCAAUCUGAAGCUUAAAGAGAAGUCAGAAGAAUACACUGCUCUGGCCAGGCAGCUGGAAGCUGCGUUAGAAGAAGGAAGACAAAAGGUUUCUGAAGAAAUAGAGAAAAUGUCAUCUAGAGAGAGGGUUUUACAAAUUAAAAUACUAGACCUGGAAACUGAGCUUAGAAAGAAAAGUGAAGAACAAAACCAACUUAUUUGCAAAAUGAACAGUAUGGAGCUACUACUUAAUCUUGAGACAGUGCCUGUUUUAGAAGUGAGAGAGGAUAAGUGGCUACACGGGAGCAUUGUUGGAUGA